ACAGCGAGAGGAUAUAUGCGACAUAUCCAUUAGCGGUUUUUUGCGGGACCGUGGGGCCUCAGUGCUGGUCAAAAACGAUUGGAUGAUGGACGGCUCCUUAGCCCUGCAGAAGGUGGUUCUGCUGAACCUGGUGCUUCUGCAAGAGCUGCAGAUCGCUUAUUGCCCCGUGCUGAGGAAGUCAGAAGACUUGGCGAUUUGUUAUGAGGUGGCUCAAACGCCGGGAGGUCACCUGCUGAAGUGCCAAAGCUAUGCCUAUCGGGCGCGACACCUGGAACGCGGCGGGGCGGAGGAAGUGCGCCGCGAGUGCCGCACGGCAGCGCGCCUGUUUGGCGGGGCGGCGCUGGCUGACGUGGGACGUUUGGUGCUGGGCGGCGAGGAUGCGUUGAGGAAGCUGCCGGAAACGCAGAAGUUGGUGCUGCGUGCGCUCCUGUCCUGGUUGGCUGCCAGCCUCCGCGCCUUCCGCGACGGCGCCGCAGAUGGCCACGGGGAUUGGGACGACGGUGCGACGCAGCUGGCGAUGUUGCCAGGUGUUUCAGGUGAAGCUCCGUCAGCUCCGUCCGGGAAAAAACGAGGCUUCAUGGUAUGGUGCUCCGACUGAUCACAUAAAACCCAGGAUUGGCUCUCGAAGCUUCCCAAGUUGCCCACCGAAGCCGUGGCUUCCAGCGCGGAACAGUGCCCCAUGGUGUCUGAUGAAACACCGAAGGCUGAACGCCUGGCCACAGCUGUGCCGUUGGAGGAAAUGGAGCCCGUGGCGGUGCGGCCCAAGCGCUUCUUGGACUUUCUGGGCCGAAGUCAGCCCCAGAAGCCCCAGAGCAGGUUUCUGGACUUUCUGAAACGGAGUGAUCAAGGUGAAUGAUCUGUGGACCCACCAGACACGACCGAAUUUGAUCCCCGAGUCCGGUAGAAUUAGGAUGAAUCAGGUCUAUUGUUGGGCCACAUCAGUUCAAGUUGAGGUUUUCGAACAUUCAAGUUGCCCAUCCACCUAGGGUCGACCCAAAUUGGGGACCCCGAGAACAUAUAUUCUGGUUGGUGAGUUCAAAGCACCAUUUGUCAAC